UAUUAUAAUCGUCAUUAUAAUAUCGUUUAUCGUACACCUGCACCUAUAAUAUAUACUUAUCGCUGCAGUAGUUUAUAUAUACACACAUACACACACAAAUAUUAAAUAUAUACACUCAUUCAUCGAACAAUUUCUAGUCGCCGCUGCAAGCGAUCCACCAAAAAGCAGAUUCAGAAAUAACAGAUAUCGUAUCGCAUAUUACAUACCAAGGUACCUAGGUUAAGAUAAUAACAACAAUAUGUUUCUGUCGUACGCCACCGUGCCCAUGUUCGCUUUCAUGAUACUGUUGAAUUUCUUCUUCAUGUACUCGCCCAUCGAAUCGGCGAUGAACGGAAAGAUCUACGAUACGUGCCAGAAGUGUCUGGCUGACACUUGCCACAAAAAAUUGAACAGGCCGUGCAUUUUCAGAAACGGCGGGUACUUUUGUUUCACGUGUGAUCCCGAAAAUGGCAACCAAAAGUUCUACUCCGAAGCCGAAUGCAAGAGCGUGUGCAAGGGCUUCAGCAAGACAUGCGUUUGUGCCGACGCGUGUUACGUGUGCAUCGCAAAGGGCAUCGAAAAGACUAAUUUAGGGAAAUGCAAUAUGCCAACCAUUGAUGAACUGGACGUAGUGUGCAAGUAAGUUCCGUACGGCACCACUAGCACGCCCGCCGUGAAAUUAUAAUUAAAAUAAUAUUAUGAUACUUAAUAAACAUAUUUUCAAUUAGGAUUUUUGUUCUUAAAAAAAUAAUACCCCAUUACAUAAUAAUAUUAUAUAGUUUUAAUAUACGCAUUCAAUCAAUCACCACCGUAAAGAAUUUAAUAUUGUUUUAAUUGUUUUACUUCUCAUUAUAUUUUCGUACAAUACGUAUAGCCUCCCCCGCCGGGUCGCAGCGAACCGUCGUCGUUAUUAUUUUGACGCAUGUAUAGUUCGUAAACUAUUUUUAAAACUAUGCUCCCGAUUGGUAAUAUUAUUAAUUUAUAUAGGUCUGAUUGUCAACCGUUCCCAAAAAUGUGUUCGCUGGGGGGGAAAAAACAACGAAAAU